AUGUCUGGCGUUAGCAAGGCCUGCUGCUCCAUCCCCCCGAUCGUCUCCAAGGGCUACCAGCCCAAGGGCGAAUACAAGACCAUCAAUGGCCUGAAGACAUAUGUCACGGGCCCUGAAUCCGCUACCAAGGCCAUUCUCGUCAUCUACGACAUUUUUGGCUUCUUCCCUCAAACCUUGCAGGGCGCCGACAUCCUCUCCACAUCCUCCUCGCAAAAGUACCGCGUGUUCAUCCCCGACUUCUUCGAAGGCCAACCCGCCGACAUCUCUUGGUUCCCCCCUCAAACCGACGAUCAUAAGCAAAAGCUCGGCGCCUUCUUCCAAACCAAAGCCGCACCCCCGAACACCCUCUCCAAGAUUCCCGGCGUCGUCUCCGAAGCCAACUCCCUCGCACCCCCGACCCCCUCCGGCGGCGGCUUCACCUCCUGGAGCAUUCUCGGCUACUGCUGGGGCGGCAAGAUCAGCGUUCUCUCCUCGGGCACCGAGAACAAAACAUUCAAGGCAGCCGUGCAGUGCCACCCGGCCAUGCUGGACCCGAAUGACGCCAAGAACAUCAAUAUCCCCAUGGCCCUGCUGGCGAGUAAGGACGAGAACCCCGACGAUGUGUCCAAGUUCGACGCGGGGUUGAAGACGGAUCACUAUGUCGAGACUUUCCCGUCCCAGAUCCACGGCUGGAUGGCGGCCCGGAGUGAUCUUGAGGAUGAAAAUGUGAAGAAGGAGUAUGAGCGCGGUUAUCGCACUGCGCUUGAUUUCUUGGGGAAGCAUGCUUAA